AUGCUAUGGUCGCUCCAGCGUCUCGGGCAGUGUGCACAAGUUGUGGAGGCCGAUAGCUGCAUUGUUGACGCGCAGUCAAAAGCCGCAGCAUUACUCUACUAUCGGUACCCGAAGCUUUACCCAGAACUUAGUCGAUAUGCCACUAUGAUGCAUGGCAUACGGCACCUGAACUUAAAGCUAAGCACUUGGGAUGCUAUGCAUUUCUUCAAAGUCUCUGUCGGCGGAUUUGACCAGCUACGGGAAACUGGCCACACUACCUACGACAUAUUCAACAGGCUCCCAAACCUCAAACGGGUCAAAAUCCUGCUGCCGGACGAUCAGAGAGAUCGUAGAUACCAAUUCACCGUAAAGCUUUUCCAUCCAGUGUCACGAUGCCAUCGCACCUUGCACCGGUACAUCUACGAGGCUAUUGCUCAAAUGCAGGCAGUAAGCGACUUCAAGGUUGAGGUGAAACGCUUCAUGGACUCCAAUGAGAGGAUCAGGUUCGAGGAGAUGCAAUCGAAGGCAGAACUUUCCCGAAAGACAACAUCUCAAGACUUGGCAGAUUUGUAUGCAGACAGCACCGGAGGGGUGAGACUCGACAGUCCAGGGGGAAGUCUGGCAAGUGGAAAUUCCGACCCACUCGAGCAUGGCGUAACCCGAGAGGCAGUUCAAUCGGUUGACGAAUUGUUUCCUCCAUUGUGCAAAUGCACACCUUCAUGCUCGGAGAUUAUGAGCAGUAGAGACCGCAUACGACGAUAUGAUGAUGAAUGA